AUGGCUGGCAAUGGCGUUCCCUCGACCGGCAAGAGCCUGAUUGUGAGCUUCGGAGAGAUGCUGAUCGACUUCGUCCCCACCGAGUCCGGCGUAUCGCUGGCAGAGGCGCCCGGGUUCCUCAAGGCCCCCGGUGGCGCCCCCGCCAAUGUCGCAAUCGCCAUCACAAGGCUCGGCGGCAAUGCCGCCUUCGUCGGAAAGCUCGGCGAUGACGAGUUCGGUCACAUGCUCGCCGGAAUCUUGAAGGAGAACGGCGUCUCCGCCGACGGCAUCAACUUCGACGAGGGCGCACGCACCGCCCUCGCCUUCGUCACACUCCGCGCCGACGGCGAGCGUGAGUUCAUGUUCUACCGGAACCCUAGCGCCGACAUGCUUCUCCGUCCCGAGGAGCUCAAUCUGGAACUUAUCAAAUCCGCCAAGGUGUUUCACUAUGGGUCCAUAAGCUUGAUCGUGGAGCCAUGCAGAUCGGCGCACAUUAAGGCGAUGAAGGCUGCAAAGGAAGCCGGAGCUCUCCUUUCAUACGACCCGAACCUCCGACUUCCGCUGUGGCCGUCGGCCGAGGAGGCGCGUGAGCAGAUCUUGAGCAUUUGGGGCAAGGCUGAGGUCAUCAAGGUUAGUGACGUUGAGCUUGAGUUCCUCACCGGCAGGGACAAGAUCGACGACGCCGCCUUGUUGCUCUGGCACCCUAACCUCAAGCUCCUCCUCGUCACCCUCGGCGAGCAUGGCUGCAGAUACUUCACCAAGAGUUUCCGUGGGUCAGUUGAUGCUUUCCGUGUCAACACAGUGGAUACCACUGGUGCUGGUGAUUCCUUUGUUGGUGCACUCUUGUCCAAGAUUGUUGAUGACCACUCUAUUAUUGAGGAUGAGGCAAGGUUGAGGGAGGUUCUGAAAUUUGCAAAUGCAUGUGGGGCCAUCACAACCACAAAGAAGGGAGCAAUCCCGGCUCUUCCGCCCGAGACAGAAGUCCGCGCCCUUCUCAACAAAGGUGCAUAA